UAGGAGCCAAGGGUGGGCUUAGGUGCACGCGAAUUAGGUCUUGGCAUCGGAGGAACGAGAAGCUCCGACGGUGUAACAUUCAGGCCAUCAUCGGAGCUUCUUCCUCAACCUCUAAAAUCUGCCCGCGUUGCCCAUCUUUCGCUUCCUGCAUUUCGGAACUUUAUUUCUCGUCUCAAAGCUUUGGUGGAAAACUUCUUGCUCGUUAGGGAAUGAGAUUUUGUAAUCUGGGCAACAUCCUAGGUUUCCCCAAAAGAGAAACUGAAUGUUAGAACUCUGCAUAAGAGCUUAAGAAUCCUUCUGGUUAUCUAUCAAAGCUGAACGCUACCAUGUACUGUCGUUUUCGGGAAGGAAUAACUCGGCAACAAGGGCUGCGAUCUUUGCUAUAUAGACGUUCAUCUGCGUCUGUUUCUUCACUUUGUUCAACUUCAUAUAUAUCUCAUGCCAGUCCUUCCUUUUCAAGCCGUACGCCUAAAAGCAAAUCAAUGGCUGCUUCAACCUCCAAAUCUGUACUGCGAGGUGUUUGUGUCGAUGAUAUCUCCACUAGCUGUAGCAAUACGCUAGACUUCAAAAAGCCUGGUGCUGGUUGCUUUGUUGACAGAACUCGUAAAGGUUACCUAAAUAAUGCUCUUAAUACUAGGUAUUCGACUCUCGAUACUAUUUCAAGUUUUCCUCAUCGACCGUGGCUGAAGAAUUUCUCUGCUACAUUUUGUACUUCCUUCUUUGCUCGGGCAGCACACAAUGUCUCAUUUGACCGCAGCGCGUGUGAUGAACAGCUUGAAAAUUCCACCCCUACAGUAGCCCCAACAGUUGAUGGUGGCGAGACUUUGAAGCUAUUUUCAGGAUCUUGUUACUUACCACAUCCAGAUAAGGAGGAGACUGGUGGAGAAGAUGCUCAUUUUAUUUGCACUGAUGAACAAGCAUUUGGAGUUGCAGAUGGUGUAGGUGGUUGGGCAGAAGUUGGUGUUAAUGCGGGACUCUUUUCUCGUGAACUUAUGUCCAAUUCAGUAAGAGCAAUCCAAGACGAACCAAAAGGUUCUAUUAAUCCAGCGAGGGUGUUAGAGAAGGCUCACUCAAGUGCAAGAGCCAAGGGUUCAUCAACAGCCUGUAUAAUUGCCCUUGCUGAAAAGGAGCUGCAUGCUAUUAACUUGGGUGACAGUGGAUUCAUUGUGGUUAGAGAUGGAAGCACCAUUUUCAAGUCUCCUAUUCAACAGCAUGGCUUCAAUUUUACAUAUCAAUUAGAGAGUGGCGAUGGAGGUGAUCUACCCAGUUCUGGUGAGGUGUUUACAGUGCCUGUUGCUGGAGGAGAUGUUGUGAUUGCGGGAACGGACGGGUUAUUUGACAACUUAUACAAUAAUGAAAUUACAGCAGUCGUAGUACAUGCUGUUAGAACGGGACUUGAACCCCAAGUUACUGCGCAGAAGAUAGCAGCUCUGGCCCGUCAGCGUGCACUGGACAAAAACAGACAGACUCCGUUUUCUGCCGCUGCUCAAGAGGCCGGCUUCCGGUAUUAUGGUGGCAAGCUCGAUGACAUUACGGUUGUUGUAUCAUACAUAACCUCAGCAAACUCCUGAGUUCCUGUCCAUCAUGCUUUGGCUGUCUCUUGAUGAGUAUUUGUAUUUGUCACACUGCCGUGGCUCCUGUAUAAUAUUUUCAUUUUUGACCUCUUCACACGUGCUCCCUUGCUCCUCCUACUUUUUCUCCAGCAUGAGUUGCUCGAGAGAUGUAUAAAUAGGAAAUACAAGGAUAAGUAGUCCUUACAGUGCAGGGCUUUAUUUUUUUA